AUGGCGGAGGACCACAAAGAUGCGAGUGAUUACAGUUCGGAGGAUGAAGGAACUGAAGAUUACAGACGCGGUGGAUAUCACGCGGUUCAGAUUGGCGAUACUUUCAAAAAUGGGUGCUAUGUGGUUCAGAGUAAGCUUGGUUGGGGGCAUUUUUCUACUGUUUGGCUCGCUUGGGAUACUCACAAAUUGCGAUAUGUUGCCUUAAAAAUUCAAAAGAGUGCUCAGCAUUACACUGAAGCAGCAAUGGAUGAAAUAAAGAUUCUCAAACAAAUUGCUGAAGGGGAUGUAGAGGAUAAGAAAUGUGUUGUGAAGCUUUUGGACCACUUUAAGCAUUCAGGGCCUAAUGGCCAGCAUGUUUGUAUGGUUUUUGAAUUCCUUGGUGAUAAUCUUCUCACACUUAUCAAGUAUAGUGAUUAUCGGGGUAUUCCCCUUCCCAUGGUCAAAGAAAUUUGUUACCAUGUUUUGGUCGGUUUGGAUUAUUUGCAUCGUGAGCUCUCUAUAAUACACACUGAUUUGAAGCCCGAGAAUGUCUUGAUUCUCUCUCCAAUAGAUCCAUCUAAGGAUCCUAGAAAAUCAGGAGUCCCACUUAUACUUCCAAAAGCCAAAGAUAAGACUGUGUCCAAGAAUGGGACAACAAAUGAUAAAAGUUCGAAUGGAGAUCUAACCAAGAAUCAGAAAAAGAAAAUGCGCAAAAAGGCCAAAAAAGCAGCUCAGAAGGAAGGUCCCGAGGCAGCAGAGGAGGAUUCUGAAGCACCUGAGCAAGAUAAUUGUAGUAAUGAUGUCAAACCAAGUGUAGAAAAUGGUGAAGGUAAACCUAACAGUCCUGCAAGUUUAGCUGAAUCAGCAAAGACUUCUGAAAUUCAGGAUGUUCCACAAGGAAGUCAAGUUUCUAGAAGAGGUAGCCGCUCCACCAGAAAAAAGUUACUUGCUGCUGUUGAUCUCAAGUGCAAGCUGGUGGAUUUCGGUAAUGCUUGUUGGACGUAUAAACAAUUCACGAAUGAUAUUCAGACAAGGCAGUAUAGAUGUCCUGAGGUUCUUCUUGGUUCCAAAUACUCAACUCCAGCUGAUAUGUGGUCCUUUGCUUGCAUUUGCUUUGAGCUUGCCACUGGUGAUGUUCUUUUCGAUCCUCACAGUGGUGAUAACUAUGACAGGGAUGAGGACCAUCUGGCAUUGAUGAUGGAGCUUCUUGGAAUGAUGCCCCGCAAGAUUGCACUUAGCGGCCGCUAUUCCCGGGACUUUUUCAACAGAUAUGGCGAUUUGAGACACAUACGUCGGUUGCGGUUCUGGCCUAUCACUAAAGUGUUGACAGAGAAAUAUGAUUUCAGUGAGCAAGAUGCAAGUGACAUGGCUGACUUCCUAGUUCCGUUACUUGACUUUGUUCCUGAAAAAAGGCCAACGGCUGCUCAGUGCCUCAAUCACCCAUGGAUGAGUGCAGGUCCUCGAACUCUUGAGCCCUCUUUGACUAAUGUGCAACCUGAUGCUAUUAACGGAGAAAAGUCUCUAAAGUCUAGGGAAAAAACCGAGCAUGAGGCUGUUGAAGUUGGUAUGGGGAAUAUGGCGAUUGAUGGAACUCAAAAGUCACUCAAAGAUUUUCAACCUACAAAGUCUUUGGAGUAG